UCCCUCCAUCUUUUUCGGUUCCUUGUGGCCACCCGAAUCCUCUCGCCGGAAAGCCGUUCAGUCCAUCCGUUCCGCUUCAGCUUGCUGAAAUGGCCAAACCUAGGGUCUUCUUCGAUAUCACCGCCAACGGCGCACCCUUGGGCCGGAUUGUGAUGGAGCUCAAUGCCGACGUGGUGCCUAAGACUGCUGAAAACUUCCGUGCCCUCUGCACCGGCGAGAAGGGCUUCGGCUACAAGGGCUCCAUCUUCCACCGCAUCAUCCCCCAGUUCAUGUGCCAGGGAGGCGACUUCACCAACCACAAUGGAACUGGAGGAAAGUCCAUCUAUGGCAACAAGUUUGCUGAUGAGAACUUCACCCUGAAGCACACUGGCCCCGGCAUCCUGUCCAUGGCCAACGCUGGCCCCAACACCAACGGGUCCCAGUUCUUCAUCUGCACAUCCCAGACACAGUGGCUCGACGGGAAGCACGUGGUGUUCGGGAUCGUCAUUGAGGGGAUGGACGUGGUCAGGAAGAUGGAGGCCAAGGGCAGCCAGAGCGGCAAGACCUCGGCCAAGAUCGCCAUCGCCGACUGCGGGCAGCUCUGAGCUCCAGCGCCAAAACCCGUCUGCUCACCCUGUAGCCACCCCCACCCCCUGUAGGCUCCACCCACCCCACCCUGCUGCCAUUCAACAUUCCUAUUGAAGAAUAAACUCACCCCCCCCACCCCCCCACCCCUUUUUUAUUCAGUUCAUGUUGAAAUUAUGUUGCUGCAUUUGUGACUUGCCUUCAAAGUUUCUUUUGCAUUAACGUUUUUUUUCCAAGUCCUGACGGUUUUUGUUAAGUAAAAAAAAAAAUGAAGAAAAUAAACGAAAUGUUGCCUUGAA